AUGACCGGCAGUACCACAGCAGUUCCAGAAGUUUCAACAAGUUCCCGAGAGCCUGACACUGACUGCUGGGGACGGACAGAUAUACGUGCCAGGAAGGAGAUCCCAGAUUUCCAGUUGCAAAACCAGCCAAACCCACUGUUUAGCUGCAGUCUGUCAGAGAAGAGAGGAAAGAUGAGUCUCUCACAGAAACAUAUGGUAAGAUCAGACUCACAUGUGUCCAGCUCUGUGUCUGUGAAGAGUGACCGGUCAAAGGGAGAACCACCGGGAUUCAGUGAAGAAACACCAUCACGAACCAAACGGCUUCAGUAUAAAACAUUAGAUCCAGAUUUACAGUCUCACAGGAACCGCAAGAAUUUUACAGACAGUCUCCUGCAGAUCUUCCAGGAUCUUGAGAGCAAAAUAAUAAAAUUUCUAAAGAAAGAACUGGAAAAGUUUAAGAAAAUAUUACAAACAGAGGACUUGCAGUACUUUGUGAAGGACUUUAAUGAGAACAGAUGCAGUAUGAAAGAAGCAGCUCUUGAUCUCACACUCUACUUCCUGAGAGAGAUGAAGCAAGAUGAAGCUGCUGAUACUCUAGAAGAUGAGCUGGUCUUCAUUCAUCAGCUAAAGUGUAGCCUAAAGAAGAAGUAUCAAUGUGUGUUUGAAGGAAUUGCAAAGCAAGGAGACUCUACACUUCUGAAGAACAUCUACACAGAUCUCUAUAUCACUCAGGGUUGUAGUGAACAGGUCAAUACUGAACAUGAGGUGAGACAGAUUGAAGUUGCUUCCAGACGUCAUGAAUCACAGGAGAUACAGGUUGAGUGCAAACAUUUGUUUGAAGCACCUGAACAAGACGAGCAGAUCAGAACUGUACUGACAAAAGGAGUUGCUGGCAUCGGAAAAUCAGUCUCUGUGCAGAAGUUUGUUCUGGAUUGGGCCGAAGGAAAAGAAAAUCAAGAUAUCAGCUUCAUAUUCCCCCUUCCAUUUAGAGAGAUGAACUUAAAGGAGCAAGAAAAACUAAGUUUGAUGGACCUUAUAACUCAGUUUUUCCCAGAGACAAAAGGACUGAACCUUACGAGAAGAAAUCAAUUCAAAGUCUUGUUCAUUCUUGAUGGAUUGGAUGAAUGUCGUCUUCCUGUAAACUUUAAGGAUAAUGAGACGUGGUCUGAUGUUUCAUCACCAGCCUCUCUGGAUGUUCUCCUGACGAACCUCAUCAAGGGAAAUCUGCUUCCUUCUGCUCUCAUCUGGAUCACCAGCAGACCAGCAGCUGCCAGUAAGAUUCCUCCUGACUGUAUCGACCAGCUGACAGAGAUACGAGGAUUCAAUGAUGCACAAAAGGAGGAGUACUUCAGAAAAAGAUUCACGGAUGAGAAUCAGGCCAAAGAAAUCAUUGAUCAUGUUAAACAAUCAAAGAGUCUCUUUAUCAUGUGCCACAUCCCAGUCUUCUGCUGGAUUUCAGCCACUGUUCUCCAGAACAUUUUAGAGGAGAAAAGAAAUAAUGUUGUGAAAAACAAUCAGACUGAUGAUGUCUCCAAAACACUGCAUGAGUCAAAUACUGAAGACACUCCUAAGACUCUGACACAAAUGUACACACACUUCCUCAGAUUUCAGAUCCAGCAGAGCAGACGAAAGUAUGAUGGAGAACAUACACCAGAUGUUUCCUGGGAUAAAGAUGCCAUCUUUUCACUGGGGAAACUGGCAUUUGAUCAGCUGGAAAGAAACAAUGUGAUCUUCUAUGACACAGAUCUGGAAGCCUGUGGUAUUGACGUCUAUAAGGCAUCAGUGUACUCAGGCAUGUGUACCCAGAUCUUUAAAGAGGAAACAGGGAUCACUCUUGGUACCAUGUACUGCUUCGUUCACUUGAGCAUUCAAGAGUUUAUUGCAGCCCUUUAUGCACAUCUGUUUCUAGACAUCAACAAGAAAUAUGUGUUUGAUCAAGACUCUACAGGACAGGGGAAAAAAAGUGGCAGUGUUAUUCUGGACCAUUUCCUUCAGGUCCUUCUUGGACAAUCCAAAAAAAACAUAAUUGAUUUGCUCAAGACUGCAGUGGACAAGGCACUAGAGAGUGAUAAUGGACACCUGGAUCUUUUUCUUCGCUUCCUCCUUGGUUUGUCUCUCCAGUCCAAUCAGAGACUCUUUCAGGGUCUGUUGACACAUGUAGCAGACAAUGACCAGAGCAAAGAGGAAAUAGUUCAGUACAUCAAGCAGAAAUUAGAGUCUAAUCUGUCUCCAGAGAGAUCCAUCAAUCUGUUCUACUGUCUGAAUGAACUGAACGACCAAACUCUGGUGAAAGACAUUCAGACCCACCUUAGCAAAGGAAGUCUCUCAUCUGCUGAUCUUUCACCUGCCCAGUGGUCUGCUUUGGUCUUUGUGUUGUUGACAUCAGAGGAGGAGCUGGAGGAGUUUGAGCUUCAGAAAUUCAAGAAAUCAGACGAGUGUCUCAUUAGAUUAUCAGCGGUCAUCAAAACCUGCAAAAGAGCUCUGUUAAAUGAUUGUGGUUUAACAGACAAAAGCUGUCCAGCUCUGGCUUCAGUUCUUGGAUCAGAUACCAAUCUGAAAGAGCUGAACAUGAACAAUAAUAAUCUGCAGGAUUAUGGAGUUAAAAUGCUCUGCACUGGAUUGAAAAAUAUUAAUUGCAAAUUAGAGAUACUCAGACUUUCAGACUGCAGUAUCAGUGAAGAAGGUUAUAAAGCUCUGUCUUCAGCUCUGAGAUCAAACCCUUCACACCUGAUAGAGCUGGAUCUCACAGGAAAUGAUCCUGGAGAAUCAGGAGUGAAGCUGCUCAGUGAUUUACUACAGGAUCCAAACUGUCAACUCAACACACUGAGUGGACGUGAACUAGGAGACACAGGAGUGAAUCAGAUCUCUGCUCUACUGCAGGAUAAACUCUGUACACUCAACACACUGAAGUGA